AUGUCUGCCGCGGAACCCCUACCCAGUCGCGAGUAUUGGGACGGGCUGAUCAAUGUGAAGACGAGCAACUGGAAAUACACACUUGAGGAGCUGCAGCAGGGCACGCCGUCGCGAAGAAACGGGUCGGAGCUGAAGAAAGUGAGUUUCGAGGACGAGUGCCAAAAGCGAGCCAAGGGAAUAAUAUAUUUGUUCAAGUGUUGCAGACAGCUGCGUCUGUCGCGGUCGGUGGCGAUGACUGCGUCGUGCUACUUCCACAGAUUUUACAUGCGUCGGGACAUGCUGAGCCACCACUAUUUCGAGGUUGCGGCCACGAGUUUAUUUAUUGCUUGCAAAGCAGAAGAGUGUCGGCGUCGUCUGGCCGACGUUGUCAAAGUGUGCGCAAAAACUGCGAUGGCGAACAGUCAGGACCCGAUAGACGAGAACUCAAAGAUAUUCUGGCGCUGGAAGGACCUCAUGAUCAAUCUGGAGGAGAUGCUACUGGAAACGUUGUGUUUUGAGGUCACUCCUUCCAAUCCUUAUAAAUUGUGUCUGAGUGCUUUAAGACUGGAAGAAGACAUACCCAGAGAAACAGACUGGCUCAAGCGGUCAAAGGACCUCUUUAUACAGUGCACAAACGUCUACGAGUUGACUUCGCGAGUGCCGUUGGUUCUUCUGCACGAGACAAACGUGAUAGCCAUGCUGGGCGUUGUCUUAAGCUGCGCAAAAGACCAGAGUCUCAAGAUUCCUCCCGAGUUUGUGCAGGAGCUGGGCACGGACCAGGAACAGGUCUGGGCGUGCUACCAGGACCUGGUGGCUCUGGGCCGGCCUCUGGGUAGUCUGGAUCCGCCGUUCCAAGUUUUGCAGCAUCUGCCGAAACUCGAGUUUGAGCAGUUCACGGGGCUGUUUGGCGCAGCGGCGCCAGAUUCGGCGCCAGAAAAAAAUCAAGAACCGCUAGCGCAGGAUAAAAAAGAAGGAUAAUUAUCAUACGCCAUUUCUUAACAUGAGCACCAGUGCCAAGCUGAACAUUGUAAGUUUGAGUCCGUUUCACCAGACUGACCGCAUAGCUGACAGCGGAAGAGAUCCGCCAAAAAAAGUUCCUUAAACGGGGUUUGCAACUCAGCAUCUUGGUUGUUGGCCAGACGGGAACGGGUAAGAGCACAUUUAUCAACACUCUUUGCAACGAGGACAUCAUCACCACUAAUCGUCCUGCGCCUGCAGAUCUGUCGAUCGAAAGUCACUCUGCCAAGAUCUACGAGGGAGGGACCAGAAUUGACUUAGACGUGGUUAUGGCGCCAGGACUAGGCGACUUCAUCGACAACAGAGACUCGACUAAAUGUCUCACGGACUACAUUGAGAGCCAGUUUGAGAAGGUGCUGAACGAUGAAUGCAAGAUCCAGAGAACUCCUAAGGCCACGGACACGAGGAUCCAUGCUGCCAUCUAUUUCAUCAGACCGACAGGCAAGGGAUUGCGGGAGCUGGACAUUGCUUGCAUGAAGGAGCUGGGGAAACGGUGCAACGUGAUUCCUGUGAUCUCCAAGGCGGACAUUCUGUCUGAGGAGGAAAUUGCUUUGAACAGAAAACUGAUUCUACGGGACCUCGCCAAGAACAGAAUCAACACGUAUGACUUCUCAAACUGUUUUUCGGACAUUGACGAGGAGGACGAGGACUUGGCAGUCAGCAGCGUUCAGGAUCUGGUUCCAUUUGCCAUUGUGUGCGGUACGGACAGGGCCAUCAUCGACCAGGUGGAGUACAAAGUGAGACGUCUGCCGCACGGGCUCGUGAGAGUCGACGAUCCUGCUCACAGCGACUACAUUGUUUUGAGAACAUGUUUGCUGGGCGCGUGUCUGCAAGAUCUGAAGGACACGACUCACGGGAUCUACUACGAAAAGUACCGGACCGAGAAGCUCUCCAAGAAUCCGCCCGGAACGGGCUACAUGAAGCCUGGUUCAAGAGCCUCUAAGCCAACAAGUUCCGGGUCUCUAUUGGACAGACUGAGAACCAACGUUGGCUCCAGACAGUCGAGUGUCCUUUCUUCCGAUAGAUUGACCAUUAGCGAGGGAAUAGUUAACUGAUUAACACGAUAUAUUUCUUUUUAGGCCACUUCUUCGGUGCCGAGCCGCUGGUGGAAGAAGUCAUCGAACGACUCCACGUCCUUCCACUCUUCGAGCCACGACUUCUGGAACAGGUGUUCCCGCGACACUCCUUUCACCGGGAACAGUGCAGUGAGCAGAAACAGAACACAGCACGAGCUGGCGUAGCCAGUGAAGAAACUGAAAUAAUACACCUUGGUAGCACCGUCGGGCACAGUGUGUGUCUGGGUGGCUCCAACAAAACCAACAAUGUUGGGAGCUAUUCCACAAAGGUAUGCCACGAUGGCUCUCCAGUUGAAUCCUGCUGUGUAGAAGUACUGGCUCGAGUUAUCGGCAGUGUACAGGUCUUCCAGCACAACACGGCCCUUUCUGAUGAGGUAGUAGUCACAAAAGUAGACACCUGCGAUGGACGAGAGGAACACCGCGUAGGCGCUGAGGUAAGUGGUGAACAUGCUGCUGGACGAAAGCAGGUUCCAUGGACAAAUAGCGUAGCCGAUGAUGGCGCAGAUGAAGCCACCUCUCCUGAUGUUGAUGUAUUUUGGGAGCAGCGCAGUCAUGUCAGUACCUGCCGACAGCGAGUUAGCGGAAAUGUUGGUGCCGAGUUGGGCAAUAGCAAAACCAAGAGCGAUCAAAAAGACUCCUCCCCUGGCUCCGCUGCUGUAAUUGUCGAGGAACCGCGAAAGCACGUCCAGAGGGUCCCAAUAGGUCUCGCCGUAGAGCACAGUGCUUGCGGAAGAGACCAGCACGCCGAUGAGAGAGGUGACAGAGAAGGCAACCGGGAUUGUGAUCAGCUGCGAGUAGAUGGAGGAGUUUGGCUUAUGCGACAUUCUGGAGAAAUCUGGAGCGUUCACUAUGAGCGUGGCAAAGUUGGCGAGAGAGUUCAUCAUACUGUUCACAAAGGCCCAGCCGAAAGCAGAGCCGCUUAGUGUGCCACUCUGGUGGAUGACGGGGCCACCUCCGUCCGCCUUGACCAACGUCCAGACAAGAAACGCGAUUCCAGCUAUCGGGCACGCAAUGGCCUUCAUGGUGAACAGGUGACGGACGGUGUGCGGUUUCAUGUAGAUCGCCGGCAGCUGGAACAGCCAGAACAAGAAGAAGGCCAGCAUCUGGAAAGACGAGAUUUCUCCCUUCAGCUUGUUGGGUAUUCUGGUUUCGAGAUCGUUACCGAAAAUGGACCGCAGCAUCAGAGCCACACACUGGCCUCCCAGCACUGACUGGACGCCAAACCAGAUACAAGCCAUCACCACUCUGUUGAUGACCGGCCACAGAGACCCCCAUAUUCCCCAGGACGACCUGGUAGCAACGGGGAACGAGAUAUGGUUGUAGGCACCGUACCGCGCAGCCAGAACAACGAAAAAACCGCAGAAGGAGUAUCCCAGCCAGACAGUGAUCCAGGUGGCCCACCAGCUGAGCCCUGCCUGCACUCCCGUGGCGGCAAUCUGCCAGGUAUUGAUGUUGAACGAGUCUGCUAUCCAGAACGUGACAAAGUUCCACCAUCUCCAAGUACGUCUUUUUUCCUCGAGCGGCUUGAGGUCAUAGUUAUACAGAAACAGCUGGGACAGCGUGAAGUUCUGUGUGCCGUCGAGCUCGAGCCGUUUGACCAGUUUCGUGACCUUGCCAAAGAACCCUGUUCUGUCCUCGAACGAGCCGGCAGAUUGCGACUCGUUGUCGAGCGAGAUCUGCUUGAUUUCCUCC